AUGAACCAUCCAGCCCAGGAGCCAGCCAACCCAGGAGCCAAGGAGUCUAGGAGCCAGCCAACCCUGGAGCCAAGGAGUCUUGGAGCCAACCAUCCCAGGAGCCAAGGAGUCUUGGAGCCGACCAGCCCAGGAGCCAACCAUCCCAGGAGCCGACCAGCCCAGGAGCGGACCAGCCCAGGAGCCGACCAUCCCAGGAGCGGACCAGCCCAGGAGCGGACCAGCCAAGGAGCCGACCAUCCCAGGAGCCAACCAUCCCAGGAGCCGACCAGCCCAGGAGCCGACCAUCCAAGGAGCCAACCAACCCAGGCGCCAACGUGCAGCCCAGUAGUCAACUAA